CUUCAAACUGAAAUUUCAAAAUUGAAACCUUCGCUAGAGGGAAUUAUAUCAUUUCCUUGGAGAGAUUGACUAAGAGAUAGUAUGGUUAUGAGCAAAGAAAGGCAAUACGAGAGAGUUUUCAAGCACUUUGAUUGCAACGGGGACGGGAAGAUAUCGCCGCCGGAGUUGAGACAGUGCGUGGAGGCGAUAGGCGGGGAGCUAACGUUGGCGGAGGCGGAGACGGCGGUGGAGUUGUUGGAUGUGGAUGGAGAUGGGUUAUUGGGGUUGGAGGAUUUUGUGAGGUUUGUUGAGGGAGGUGGAGAGGAAGAGAAGGAGAAUGACUUGAGAGAGGCUUUUAAGAUGUAUGCGAUGGAUGGGAGUGGGUGUAUUACACCCAAGAGCUUGAAGAGGAUGCUUAGUAGACUAGGGCUUCCAAAGAGUGUGGAUGAAUGUAAAGCUAUGAUUGUUAAGUUUGAUCUUGAUGGGGAUGGGGUACUCAAUUUCGAUGAGUUUAAGGUUAUGAUGUUUUGAUCAUUAAUUUGUUUCACAUGAUUCAUUGUAUUAAUUCUUUGAUUUUGUACACAUAUAUAGUAUAGGCUGUUGGAUUCAUUCAUUGAUUAUAAUGAUACUUCUAUUAAUUUUGUUACCA